UUUAACAGGAAUUUGUCACAAAAAAAUCAAUGUGUAUUAUGUUUUCUAUAAUAUUCGCGCUGCAAGACUUCCUUUAGAUUUUAAACUGUUGUUUUUUGAGAAAGGCUCAGGUGGACACAGUUGAAAGAAAUCGCCAAGCCAAUCAGAUUGAACCUUCCCCCUUUGGCCAAUGAAAGCAGCCACAUUGUUGUCAAACUUGUCUAAUGAAAACGUAUAGAGCAACAAUAGAGAGGGGAGUGACAGAGUGAUUGAAGAUCUGUAUCUAGUGGCAAAAUCACCUCUAGACUUCGUUAGUGUCUCACCCUCGUGCCAGUGGCAACUUCUGCAGCUUUGGGGAGACGAGCUCGACUGCUUUGGUUUAUUAUAGACGUCUUCUAAGACCCAAAGCUCUCUGCAGCAACCCGUGGACUCUAAUCUUUCCUCUUUGACACAGGGGGAAAGCGACAGCAAAGUGCUAUUUUAAAAGUGACACGCUGUAUGUAUCUUACCGAACAAGUGCGUUUGUAUUUAUUUAUUUUUUAAAUUUUUUUUUGGUUUUUUUUUUUUUAGUACAGUUUACUCUAGAAGCGGCUUUCUGGAAUUGUAGACAUUUGUAUAUUUAAAAGAAAGGAGCAGGUUUGGGAUGUGCUGUGUUGGAGAAUCAAUUUGAGAGGUAGUUUUUAGUUGUUAUUACAUAGAUGUGUACAUAUAGGAAGGUAUUCGUUAUAAACAAUCUAAUGUCAAAUUAUUGAUCUGUCAAAUAGGGCUGUGUAGAUGACUUGUCAUUCGGGCCUGGGCAAUUAUUAUUGAGCAGCUAAAUGCAUCUGUGAAGUUUUUAUUUAUAAUCGUUUGUCAUUUUUGCGCUGAAUUAAACGGAGCUUGAAACAGCGCAAUAGUAACUUUUAGAAAGAUAAUAAGGGACAUGGAAUUGAGAGCAGAGAUUCCUACAUCACAGUCCGGCUCCCACGCACACCCCGGCGCUGGAGACGGCGCCGCGAACUCCAUUCCCGUUUCGAUGGCCAGUACCUUCUUGAGGGGCCCUCCGCUCAUCUUACGGACGACGGAGAAGUAUCCCCGGACACCCAAGUGCGCCCGCUGCAGGAACCACGGAGUGGUGUCUGCACUGAAGGGCCACAAGCGCUACUGCCGCUGGAAAGACUGCAUGUGCGCCAAGUGCACGCUGAUCGCCGAGCGGCAACGCGUCAUGGCAGCUCAGGUAGCGCUCCGGAGACAGCAGGCUCAGGAAGAAAACGAAGCCAGAGAGCUGCAGCUACUCUACGGGACUGCCGAAGGACUCGCCCUGGCCGCCGCCAACGGAAUCAUCCCGCCCCGGCAGAAUUAUGAAGUUUUUGGGUCUGUCUGCAGUGACACAAACUCUGACUCAAAAAUGCAUAAAUUCGAGUUUUUUCCGAAGAACCUGGUGUCAAGAUCAGUGACCCCUCAGCAGAGCCAGGGGAAGUCGAUCUCCACGGACACCGAGUCGGUGACCGGAAGCGUCCCCGGCACCGCAUCUCCCGAAGUGCGUCAUGGAUCUGGCUCGGAAAACGGAGACGGGGAGUCUUUCAUCAGUUCUCCUGUCUCUAAAGCCGUGAAAGAUGGCGAAGACACCCCGGGCUCCAUUAGCCCACUGGGCUCCGACUCGGGCUCCGAAACGGACAAGGAUGAACAAGAGCCUUUGCCUCCAUCCACAUCGUCGAAGCAAAUGAACGCCAUAGACAUUCUAACUAGAGUGUUUCCCACUCACAAGAGAAGCGUUCUGGAACUGGUGCUGCAGGGAUGCGGUAAGGACGUGGUCCAAGCAAUCGAGCAGAUCCUCAACAACAGCGGACAGGCAAAGGCGCCCGAAAACACUUGGACAGCAGAACGGACCCUUCAGAGUGUCCAACCACCCUCAGCCUCGAUCCCGAGGCCAGUUCUUCCAGGAGUCAUGGCGCCUGCGAUAGGCACUCUGAGCAGCAGAUCAGCCUUUUCACCUCUGCAGCCCAAUGGCCCCCACUUUGGUGCAGACCCAACCGCAUACCCACUCAGCACCCACUUGGGACUUAACCCGCUACGCCUGGCUUACUCUGCGCACAGCAGGGGGCUUGCCUUCAUGACACCUUAUUCAACAGCUGGGCUCAUGCCAACUUUGGGCUUUCGGCCACCCAUGGACUAUGCCUUCAGUGACCUCAUAAGAGACAGGACCAACUUGCACAAGGAGCAGGGUUACAGCAAUGGUCUUUAUGGGCCGAUGGUGAACAGUAACCCCGACAAGCAAUGAACCACUGACACUGACCUCCACCGGUCUCCAAAUCUAUCAAGAAGAGGUCAUUCAAAUAUCACACAAGAAUCCCUUUAUAUAUAAAAUAGACAUAGGAGACCGUUCUCGUGUACUUGUUUUCCUAACCUCACCCAUAUAUCAAUUGCAGCAUAAUGUAUGGUUUUUUUUUCUGUGUAUGACUAAUGUCUUCCUCAGCAGUAGAGGACUUGAUUAAAUAAGGAAUACAUAAUUAAUUGCCAAAAAAGCCACCUGGAUUUCUGCCAGUGGUGUCUUUCAGCGACCAUUUAUGAACAAUCUGAAUAGUUUUAUUGAAGCGGGACCUUGAUAUUACAGAAUAUAACAAGGUAACAUGAUCUCGCUUGAUUCUGGACUCGUAUUGUCUGCUCUUUCUAUUCAAGCACAGGCUUUCAUGGCGAAAGUGUCAUACACUUCUUGAUUGUACAAGCGUUCUAAGGUGCAGUUUCUUUCUUGUUUUGUAAAAGCUGUUGUCACUAUCCUUGUUAUACAUCCAAAAUUCUGGAUUCUUUUUCUUUUGUUGGCUGAAUCUUUAAAAUAUUACGAAACACUGAAAAUGAUGAAAAUAAAAUAAAUAUUUCUAAGUUAUUAAUGUAAUAUGCAGAUGGUGAGAGUAAAGUGGGCGACCUGCAAUGCACCUCUAUAUAAGGUGGUACAGGUUAAACUAUUGUAAUUUAGACCAUUGUCGUGGUGUUUUUUUCUUUUAAAUGAACAUUGAAAAUAUGUAUAUACCAAGUCUAGAGAAUUAGAGUAUAUUUGUAAGUGUAAUUCGCCUGAAUUCUACAGCAGCAGCACUCAGUUCCAUGUUUGGUGAAUCUGCCCCUUUUCGUGUGACGCAAGACCGUUUCUUUCCGAAUAAAUGUUGCCAGCUUUGUGUACA